UUGCAGAUGCCUCCUCAGAAUGUAGUACUCUCAGACUCACUGCACAUAGCAAUUCUGGCUUCCAUACUUUCCCUUGCCAUUUACUGGCUCAUUAGAGACAGUCACAGAGUGAGAAACCUGAAUGGAAAGCAUGUGUUCAUGACAAGUAUUGACAGUGGACUUGGAAACUCACGUAAAUGGCUUGACUAAAGGGGAGUUUGCGUCAUUGUUGCAUGUGUCACAGAAAAAGGAGGCCAAGAACUACAGUCCUGCUCCUUGCUCUAACUGAAGACAGUGAACCUGAACUUAGCUGACCCCAACAGCAUUGCCAGGGCUGUGGUGUUUGUGACCAAAAAGACGGCUAGCAACGGCUUUUUUGGCUUGGUGAGCAAUGCUGAAGGAACAGCACUUGUAGCACCCACUGACUGGCUGAGGAUUACAGACUUCCACUCAGUGCUGGAUGUUAGUCUGAUGGAAUUGAUUGAAAUUAUGCUCAAGCUUCUGCCACUUCUGGAAAACGCUGAGGGAGGAAUAGCUAAUCAUGCCAAAGGCCUCAUGGCUUUUGUAGGGGGUGGCUACAGACUGUCCAAAUAAAGCAUGGAAGCUUUCUCUCAUAUCUUACAGAUAGAGAUGCAGCAUUUUGGACUGAAAGUAAGCAUUGUUGAGCAUGGUUUCUUUAAGGCAGGAGUAGUUAAUUCAGAUGUCAUCAAGACAUACCUCUUAAGAUGUUCGAACAGACUGACUCCUGAGUUCGGGGACUCCUACAGAGAAAAAUACGUUGUUGAAUGUAUAAAAGCUCAAAGAUCAUCAGCAAAAAGACUGUGUGACUCUGAUAUUUCUCAGCUCAUAAAAUGCAUGGCACAUGCCCUGAUAGCAAAGUACCCCAGGACACGAUACAGAGCGGAUGCAAAGUUCUUCUGGCUGUUUUUCUCCUAAGCCCCAAGCUGUUUAUCUGACAUGCUGCCGUGUAUGACAUUUCCAGCUCCAGCAGCUAGUGAGAGAUCAGUUCCUGGAGUUCUAAUAAACAUAUAGUAUUAAACUAGUAUCAGUUCUGCGGAAAUAAAUGUUAAUCCUCUCAGAACCAGACAUCCUCUUCUUAAUC